AGAAGAUACAAAUGAAAUUUUUAAUUUUGACAUUGACUUUGACAUACAGGAUUUUCUCCUUUCAUUUUUCUUUUUCCUUAAAGUGAGGUUAAGAAGUGGUGUUUUAGCAAUGGCCGAUACCACCAAAACAAAACCGGAAAAGAAGCCAGCCAAGGAGGCGGGCGAAAAGGCCGAGAAGACCGCAAAGCCAAAAAGAUUCGAGAAGAGACACGGUAGAUUGUACGCCAAAGCCAUUUUCACUGGUUACAAAAGGGGACUCAGGAAUCAACACGAAAACACUGCCCUAUUGAAGGUGGAAGGCACCGCCAACAAAGGAGACAGUUGGUUCUAUGUUGGCAAGAAAUGCGUCUUUGUAUUUAAGGCCAAGAACAAGACCUGCAUCCCUGGCAAACCAAAAUCUCACAAAUCCAAAGUAAGAGCUAUUUGGGGCAAAAUUACAAGGCCACACGGUACAAGGGGGGCUGUCAGAGCUAAGUUUGCCAGAAAUUUACCAGCUAAAGCUAUGGGACAUCGUAUUCGCAUUAUGCUGUAUCCUUCCAGGGUAUAGGAACCUGACAACAACCUGUAUGUUUUAAGUUAAAAUAAAAAUUUAUAAAAAAAAAAUAAUUGUGGUUUGAUUUUAG